AUGUCUGUCUCUGGUGAAAAUGGCACUGCGAGGCGGCCGUGGAUCUUCAACGCCUUCGCCAUGGCUGCUCCUGGCCAUCUGAACCCGGGGCUGUGGAAACAUCCUGAUCAGGAACCGCAGACUUUGGAACAUUGGGUGGAAGUGGCGAAGAAGCUUGACGACGCCAAGUUUCAUGGGAUUUUCUUUGCUGAUGUCCUGGGCAUAUACGACGUCUAUAACAAGGACGACCACGAUGGUCUUGGACCUGCUCUCAGAUCUGCUGCUCAGGUACCUCAUCUCGAUGUGGCGUUUCUGAUCCCGGCGAUGGCGCACGCUACUAAGGGUCUGUCAUUUGGGCUGACUGCUUCGACAUCUUAUGAGCAUCCUUACCAGAUGGCGAGAAAGUAUUCAACACUGGAUCAUGCCACUGGCGGACGUGUGGGGUGGAAUAUUGUCACAAGCUACCUUGAAAGUGCCGCGAAGUCCUAUGGUCUUGAGCAGACCGUUGAACACGAUGAGCGGUACAAGAUGGCCGAUGAGUUCCUAUCGGUUUUCUACAAGCUUCUUGAAGGUAGCUGGGAGGAUGAUGCUGUUGAAGCCAAUAAGGAGACUGGCGUUUAUACCAACCCUGAUAAGGUCCAUCACAUCAACCACGUCGGCAAAUACUUCAGAUGUAAAGGUCCCAACCUUGUUGGCCCAUCGAAGCAACGCACGCCAUUCCUCCUCCAAGCCGGGGCAAGCAAAGCAGGCAAAGACUUCGCAGCCGAGCACUCAGAAGCCAUGUUCAUACCAGGCAUGGUACCAGAAAAAACGCGAGAGAUCGUCGACUCCACCAAAGAACUCCUUAUCUCAAAAGGCCGUUCCCCAGACUCCGUCCAAUUCAUCGCCGGCAUUUUCAUCGUAGUCGACGAAAGCGACGAGAAAGCUCAAACCAAAUUCCAAAACCUCAUGCAAUACGCCGACCUCGAAGGCACAGCCUCCCUCUUCGGCGGCUGGACCGGCACCGAUCUUUCCAAAUUCUCCGACGACGAAGACUUCCAAUUCAACGGCCCACCAGCCAUUCAAUCCAUGAUAAACAGCUGGACAGCCACAGUCCCCGGCCUCAAAGACCAAAAAUGGACGAAGAAACACGUUCUCGAACAGCUCGCGAUUUCCGGAGCGCAUGGCCGAGCGAUUGGAAGUGCGAAGACGGUCGCGGAUAUUUUGGAGACGUGGGUUCGCGAGGGUCAUGUCGAUGGGUUUAAUGUGAGUUAUGCUACCACGCCGCAUACGUUUGAGGAUCUGAUCAAGUUCCUUUGGCCGGAGCUAAGGGCUCGUGGGGUGUUGCAGGAGGAGUAUGCUGGGGCCAGUAUGCGGGAGAAUUUCUUGCAGGAUGGGAAGGGGCCGAGGGUUAGGGAGGGGCAUCCGGCGUUGAGGUAUAGGAGUUUGCAUACCGCUACGUAUUAG